AUGGGUAAUAAUCAGGGUAAAAAUGUGGAUGUUGUUGCUCUUGACUCCAGCAACAAAGACCACCUUGAGGGACAAGACAGAGAGGUGAAUGAGGCUCUACUCUCCGCCAUUAUGGCCUCGCCGCAGCAGCGUUCGAGCCAGUGCAGUGGCCAGGAGGAGCUACUUAAGAGCUUCAACAAGCUCAACAUCACCACCAUGAAUGAUCACAACAAGAAUAACAACAAGACACGUUCACCCUCUCUCUCACCCUUACAGUCUCCAUAUCACAAGCCGGAGACAACCCAUAACAUAUUGAGAAACGACCCUGGCGCCCGUCCGCCCUCGCGGCAGCAGCAACAGGAGCAACGCGCCCCGCGAAGGACCACCAGCACCACGUCCCUGCGUGACGAGAGACGCAGCUCGACACAGUCAUUGCAGAAGCGAGCAUCGAUCAGCUCCCUUCGAUCAGUACAGAAUCUGACGGCCUCUUCAUCUUCUCCACGUCAGAGUCUCUCGCGGCGUUCGUCGGCGCAACAUCUGGCGUCGUCCCCUGGCGCGUCAGGGCGGCCUAUUUCACCCCUCGCAGAGAUGGCGCCCCCUCCAACCCCGACGGCAUCGGAAAUAGCUGCUCAGUAUUGGGGCCGAGAGCUAGCCCUUCACCAGACUACGGAACUACAGUCCCGCACUAUCGUCAUUAUUCAGGAUGCCUGUUAUGGCCAUCGAUUCUCGCGCCCGCGCACCAGCAAGGACGACCUGAAUCUCAUCGUCGAACGGCCAGAGAGAAUGCAGGCCAGCAUCCUCGGUGUGGCUGCUGCAUUUAUCCGCAUGGGCCUUCGUUAUGGCUCUAACGAGUUUGCGCCCCACCCAAACCUCGACCUACAACGGCUCCCGGCUCCUCCGUUUCAGAUAAGAAAGUCUGUACGGACCAUGUCCCUGGACUCACCAGCGGUAACGCACAUCCAUGGUACCAAAUGGAUGGAGGAUCUUCGGCUGAUGUGUGAUGCUGCCGAGGGAAGACUGGCAACUAACGGCAAGGAGCUCGUUCGUCCUAGCAGCUCUGGUAGGGAGACCGGAGCCAAGGCCGCUCCACAACUGCAUGAAUGGGAUCUAUACCUCUGCCCUGAAUCUUUGAACGCGUUUGAAGGCGCAUUGGGGGGUGUUUGUGACGCUGUUGACUCGGUAUUUACCUCUCCGUCGAUACGUCGCGCGUUUGUCUGCAUUCGACCGCCAGGUCACCAUUGCUCAGGCAGCUACCCGUCCGGCUUCUGUUGGCUCAACAAUGUUCAUGUGGGUAUUUCAUAUGCUGCCAUGGCGCAUGGACUCACUCACGCUGCCAUUAUCGACUUUGACCUUCAUCACGGCGACGGGUCUCAGGCCAUCGCUUGGAAACAGAACGAGCGAGCUACUGCUAAAAAUGCAGCCGGAUGUGAAAAGACUGCAAUCGGAUACUUUAGUUUGCAUGAUAUCAACUCUUACCCAUGUGAAGAAGGAGAUGAGACUAAGAUCCGGAACGCUAGCGUCUGUAUCGAUAAGGCCCAUGGGCAGAGCAUAUGGAACGUCCAUAUGGAAGUAUGGAAGACCUCCCAGGAAUUCUGGAAAAUAUACGAGACAAAAUAUACCAUUCUUCUCGAGAAGGCUCGCGCGUUUCUACGAGCUCAUUCCCUUAAGCUACGUUCUAAUGCUUCACCCAACUCACCUCAGCCCAAGGCUGCUAUCUUUCUCUCUGCUGGCUUCGAUGGAAGUGAGUGGGAGGGAACCAACAUGCAGCGACACAAAGCCAACGUUCCAACGGACUUCUAUGCCAGAUUUACUGCCGAUGUUGUUAGAAUGGCACAAGAAGAAGAUCUCGCUGUCGAUGGAAGAGUCAUCUCAGUUCUGGAAGGUGGAUAUAAGGACAGAGCCUUGACCAGCGGUGUCUUCAGUCAUCUCUCUGGUCUGUCCGACUGCCCCGAAAUCAAGAUCGAAAGAGAUCCCAACAGCAGCCGGCUUGCCGCUGAGAUGUACAGAAGACUGGGCCUGAAUGAAGAAAGCAAGCAUGGAACCCCUGCAGAUGGCGCAUCUACAUCUAAUUAUGACCCUAUCUGGUGGGCGCCAGCCUUACUUGAAGAGUUGGAAGUCCUUGUCAACACUCCACCUACCACACCACGAAAGCCUCGUGGAAAAGGGCCACCGACCUUCUCCGCUCCCACCCAAGCAUCUGCCGCAAAGGUAACCACCCCAACUCGACCACAUAGGUCCCCAUCCUCUAAUCACACUCGGGAGCCUUCCCCUCCGCCACUUCCACGAGUUGAGUGGGCCACGGCGGCUUUUGAGCUCUCCAAGGCUCUCAUUCCCACGGACCGUCAGACUGCCAGUUGCCAGCAUGCAGACCUGAAAGUGGUUCCAAGCCAGUCUCGGCCGGCUAGCCGUCUGGCAUCUGCGGCAAACAGACAACAGCCACGCGCCAGUGAGAGAGGCACGAGCCAUAUGCAACUUAGAGAGAGAAAACAGAAAGCCCCCGCCGCGACUACAGGAAGUCUCGCAAGCUCCCGUUCUUCUACUGUCAGCACCCGUCGGACUACCAUCGCCUCUAGUAAUGAUUUACCAAGCACAAAUAUGACGGGUAGUGGGGAACCUGCAAAUUCGCCUUCUAUUCGCCGUUCUUCACGAAGAAUCAGCAUGACGUCCACUGCAUCUACGUCUCCAGUAUCUUCAGCUGGAAAGAUAAACCAACCUAAAACUCGUGAAACACCCUUGAGACCUUCACCUUCGCGAGCAAGCUCGGGGUCUGAAUCGCAGAAUAGCGCAACUAGAGCUAGAACCGCAGCCACCAGUCUAGCUCCUACACCAGUUAGAAAUAUCCCUAAGAAACCUCAGGGAAAUGGCGGAAAUGUCGAUAAUUUAUCAGCUAGCGUGAAGAAACUGAACAUCAAGCUGAACUUGCCCAGCCCCGAGGAGAACGCAGCUCGAGAAGCCAAGUUGGCCCAGGACCGGAAAAAAGGGAUACAACAGUCAUCCCAACGCAAACCGGCAAGCAGAGCUGCCCCUGGAGCCAAGACUUCCGCAAAGGAGGCUAGUGAAAGACAGUCACGUUCGAAUGCCCGUUCCUCUACUGCGACGAAUGCUAAAAAAGCCAGCCCACCUGGAAGACCAAAUCUAGGCCUAUCCUAUGACGGGGCCUACGACGAAGACCCAAUCACAGGUCAUGAACAGGAGUCGGUUGCGCCGACACCAAAUGAGGCCGCAGGCAAUAACAACACCAUGCCCUCUCCUCCAUUGACACCAGACACGGCCCCUGAGCCCGAGACCCCUACAAUUACAGUCCGCUCACCGCCAGCUUCGGCGCAUCAGCAACUGCCUGUCUUCACAGCAACAUCUAUCAUUCCCUUUGCGCCCUCUCAGAACCCUCCUUCGAACUCUUAG